UUUAAAUAUCUUAAAUCAUCACCUGACUAUAAGGUUAAAGGCGGAACUUGAAUGUGACGAUCUGAGAUAAACCGGUGCAGGAUUACUCUGAUAGUUUCCCCUGUAGGCUGUUCACUCCUGCAUGUGUGCUUUAAUGACGCUGUUUACAGACCUGCUGUUUCGUCUGCUUACUUAGUUAACUUUUGCUUUUUCAGUCGUUUGCUUUCUAACUCGAGUCUAAUCGGCACUAUUCGGUUUCACAUCGGGUGAUUAAUCAGCACAGAUCUUUCUGUAGAGACGCUUAUUGAGAAGCAGUGGUGGAGCUCCGGAUCUCUCCUGAUGGAUUUACACGCUGUGUGCUGCUCUCUGCUUCUGCUGUCAUGUACAGGAGUAUGUUUUGGCCAAGAGCUGUUUUUACCUGAGAGAAUAAAUAAAGCAGUUGGGGAGAAUGUGGUGAUUACCCCAAUCCGUCUUCCUGAUCCCCCACAUGCUGUCAUCAGAUGGAGGUUUAAUGAGAUCACCAUUCUUGCUGGACCUCCAAGUGGAAUUAUAAUACUGCCAUCGUACACUGACAGAGUCAGACUGAACCCCACCACUUAUGCUCUGGAACUCAGGAGGCUGACUGAGAGUGAUACUGGACUAUAUUCUCUGACUGUAGACACUCCUACAAAUCCUUUCACAGGUGAAACCUCACUGCAGGUGUUUGUGCCAGCCUCCAAUGUUAUCAUAGUACCAAGUAAAACAGAGCUGGUUGAAUUCAGCAGCACUGUGAGUCUCGUCUGCUCUGCGUCUGGCUCCUCUCUUUCAUUUAUUUGGCUGAAUGGCAGCUCUGGGGUAAGAGCAGGGGAGCGAGUUCAGCUAACAGACAACAACAGCAGUCUAACCAUUACUAGUGUGACCAGAUAUGACACAGGCCCAUACCAAUGCGAAGCAUCCAACAUCAUCAGCAAAGCAAGGAGUCCUCCAUUGAUCCUCACCAUUUACUAUGGUCCAGAAAAUGUUGCUGUUGAAGCAGAUCCAGUGGGACCCUUCUACAGCUCUGGGUCUAACCUCAUACUGACCUGCUCAGCUGAGUCCAACCCUGCUGCUGAGUUUCAGUGGGCUGUGAAUGGAACAGAGCUUGGUGAAAUGGGCCAAGAGCUCAGACUGAGCAACAUUCAGAGCAGUCAAAGUGGCAAUUACACAUGCAUUGCCCAUAACAUUCAGAGCCUGAACUACUCUGUGUCUGAACCCAUCAGUGUCACUGUACUAGAAAAAAUAUCUGGAGCAGCACUUACUGGACCAACAGAUGAUCUAAUAGAAGAUGUUUCCUCUGCUACAUUAUCCUGUAAGUCAAGUGGAAUCAUCUACAGUGCUGAAUGGAUGAAAGAUAAUCAGAAACUGUCAGCUAGUGACAGCAUAACAUUCUCGAAUGAUAACAGAUCAGUGAUGAUCAGUCCGGUGAGGAGAAGAGACAGUGGUGAAUAUAAGUGUACUCUCAGCAACCCCAUCAGCUCUGACACUGCAACAUACAGAAUGAUUGUUAACUUUGGACCGGAUAAUGUGAUAAUUAAUGCACCAAGUAAAGUGGAAGAGGGAAAAACUGUGAUGUUUUCGUGCCAUUCUGAAUCUACACCAAAUGCCUUGUGCACAUGGAUGUUUAAUGGGGAUUUAACUGGGGUCAAUACACCUUUAUUUACUGUGGAACAGACUACCUUUAUGCACACUGGAAAUUACACCUGCAUUGCCUCCAAUCCUGUAACCGGACGUGAUGCCUCUGGAUCCCAUGUUUUGGUAGUAAAAGAGAAAGUGACUCCAGGUGGAGAUGGAGAGUCACUGUCUGCAGGAGCUAUAGCUGGGAUUGUUAUUGGGGUUUUAUUGGGUGUUGCUGGAAUUGCUGGUUUGAUUUUCUACUUUAUGAAAGCAAAAGAAAUGCCAAGAACAAACUCCAGAGGAAAUAAGCAGAAUGGAGCAACACAGAAUGCAGAUGAUUCAAAUUAUGAAAACAUUGACUGUUUCCAAAAUAAUAAGUCUGGAGUGACUAUGAGUGGAUCUGACACUCAGAUGCGCACACCUCAACUGGAUAAUGGAGCAAUAUAUGUAAACAUCAUGGAGGAAUCUGUCCAUAGUUAGGACUCACUCAGCUCUUUGUGGAUAAUGAGGGGUUAAAGUUUUCCAGAGGACAUACGUCGCCUGCUUUGAGAAGAGGAAGAGGAAGUUAUACUGAGAAUCAUUGACUAAACCUGGACUAAAGUACACAGUUUAGGCCACAUGAUAGAAAAGAGUAUGCAAAGCAAUUCCACAUUUCUGACUGCCAGCUUUGAAGAAAAGAAAAACAUUGACAUGGAUUUCUGAAAUAUUUCUCAUAUAAAUGAAUAACGCAUUAAUAGAAAGUUUAAAGGCUGAUCUGUUUUGACCUGCUUUCCAUUUUGCUGUUUUUAUUUCUUUACUUAAUCCAGAAAACUGGCACUUCAUUUCAAGUAACAAUUAUAGAUGUAUCAAGUAAAAACAUUUAUUAUCCACG